AUUGAUUCGCCGGUUUUUUUAAAAAAAAAGAAAUACGUUUUUUACAAAACACUGACAAUACACCUACUGGAGGAAAUUAAAUAUGCCAAAUCAAAAAGAAGUUGGAAUUGUACUUGAUCAACCUGGAAAAUCAAUUGCACCGCGUAAUCUUACUCUAGUGCCUCCUCCUCAUCGACAAUGGACUGGUGGCAUUUGUUAUUGUUGUAAAAAUAGAGAUUGGGGUUGUUUUGCGGUAUUCUGUUAUUUCUGUCUGUUAAAUCAACUAACAAAAGCAAUGAAUGAAAAAAAUUGUUAUCCAUGUUUACCAUGGUGUGGAUUAUUAGGAUUGAGAAUGAAAAUGCGAACAACUUAUGGAAUAGAGGGUGAUGGAUGCAAAGAUUGUUGUCAAUUAUGUUUUUGUAAUGGUUGUGUAGCAUGUCAAAUGCAUUAUGAAGCACAACAAAUUGGACUGAUAGAAAAGAAAACCUGUUCAGAUGCAUGUAAUCGUUGUUGUGUAUGUUAUCGAUGAGGAGAAUGGAAUUAAUAUUUAAAAUUAGAAUAAAAGGCGACCUGUAAACUUUCAA